ACAGUGCUUGUGUUUAUUUUCUCCGACUAUUCACCGAAGUAUUUGCACAUCAACGAUUGUGCAGUUCGUGUUUUGUGCGCUCCUUCUUUGUAGUCAACGCGAACAAGUUUCCCUUCAAUAUGCCUGUGGAAAACCUGGAAGAGCAGGGGUUGGAGAAAAACCCCAACCUGAUGCUGGCGCAGUUCAAGUUCCUGCUCAGCUUACUGGAAUUUCGCCACGACAAGGCGCUCGUCGCAAACCUGAUGAAAGAUAUAAAGGCCGAACAUAUGGCCCCCUGGUACGAGCAGGUAUGUGCUGAGCUAGGUUGGACCGUGGAUCAAAAAUUGCUUGCAGAGAUGAAGGAAACAAACCGCAAGAAGCUAGAGCAACUCGACGCGGCCAUUGAGGACGCGGAGAAGAAUCUCGGCGAGAUGGAGGUGCGCGAAGCAAAUCUGCGUAAGUCGGAGUAUUUGUGCCGUAUCGGCGAUAAAGAGGGCGCAAUUUCAGCGUUCCGCAAGACGUACGAAAAGACCGUCUCGUUGGGUCACCGACUGGAUAUCGUGUUUCACAGUAUCCGCAUCGGACUGUUCUAUCUUGAUCAUGAUCUCAUUACGCGCAACAUCGACAAGGCAAAGUAUCUGAUCGAAGAAGGCGGUGAUUGGGAUCGCCGCAACCGCUUGAAGGUGUACCAGGGUGCUUAUUGCAUCGCGAUCCGGGAUUUCAAGGCGGCGGCUAAUUUCUUCCUCGAUACCGUCAGCACCUUCACCAGCUACGAGUUGAUGGAAUACUCAACGUUCGUGCGGUACACGGUCUACGUUGCAAUGAUUAGCCUGCCACGAAACGAGCUGCGCGACAAGGUCAUCAAGGGAGCCGAAAUUCAGGAGGUGCUCCAUCAGACGCCUGAUGUGAAAGAGUAUCUUUUUUCGUUGUACAACUGCCAGUACGCGGACUUCUUCAAGCACUUGGCUGCGGUUGAGUCGGUGCUUCGUAACGACAUCCUGUUCCAUCCUCAUUACCGUUACUAUGUGCGUGAAAUGCGUAUUUUAGCGUACACGCAGCUACUGGAAUCGUACCGUUCGUUGACCUUGCAGUACAUGGCCGAUGCGUUCGGGGUGAGUGUGGAAUACAUCGACGCUGAGCUAUCGCGUUUCAUUUCGGCUGGACGGCUACACUGUCGAGUGGAUCGAGUCGGUGGGAUUGUAGAAACCAACCGACCGGACAGCAAAAACUGGCAGUAUCAAGCCACAAUCAAGCAGGGUGAUAUUUUGCUAAACCGCGUGCAGAAACUUAGCCGAGUCAUCAACAUCUAGGUGCUCAAUACAUUAUGUUGGCCGUCGUCAAUAAUGCGGCAUAGGCUUUUGUUUGUGAACUUUUCCAACAAAAACGAGCGUGAAAUAAAAUUCUGUAACA